CUCGGGAGGAAGAGUAGAAGAGAGGAGACACUUGGGAGGAAGAGCAGAGGAGACACUGACAUAAACUCUGUGGUCAUCAUCCAGACAAAGACAGCACCGCAGUCACCAGACGUUAAUCCCAUCCACCUAACUCUGUGGGAUUAAUACAGAGAUUACCAGAGUUAGGCCCGAGAUUUGGGACUAAUCCGCUCCUCCACGAGCUCAAUCUCUCCUUCGGUGAGGUGCAGGCACAGGUUGAUGCCCUCAACGCGCAAAUGAUUAGUCGGCAAAAAUCUGCAGGAAAAGAUUUAGACUUUUUUUUUUCUGAUGGCGACGGCGGCGGCGCACGCCUGUGGUGGAGCGGCGAUGGCUUCGUGCCAAAGGUCAAAGGUCACACGAGAGAGAAGAGAGAGGAAGUCCACAUCUGUCUCUCGUAGUGAUUAAAUCACGUCAUCUUCUAACCUCUUUGUCCUCCUCCUUAAGCCCCGCCCUUUUAUCCUGCCCUUUGACCUUUAUUCCAGUUCUCAAACAUCCUUAAUCCGCUCUCUCGACCUCGCCUCGCCACCAUCCUCCAUGAAUCCGUUUCAAUCACCACGGCAACUAAUGACCACUCAAAACUGCUUUACUCUACAGUUCACACUCCUCUGCUCUCAGAGACCUGGUGGGGUCUCAACGUGGGGUUAAUCCUGCCCAAGGACACGUCGGCAUGUAGAUCGAACCCACAACCUUUGAGUUGAAAGACAAUCGCUCUACCACUGAGCUACCGUCGCCUCCCACUCGGUCAGAUCGGCUCUUGGGGCCAUUUUUGUGAACCAGGACCGGUGGUCUGUGAGCCCGAGGCCUCGCUCGGGAGAGACAGGCAGCCAUGUUGGAGAAGAUGUCACGGCGGAACCGCUCCCUCCUCUCGCUGUCGCUCACCUCGCUGGCGCUCACGCUGUCCGUGUCGGCGUUCUGCACGUCGUACUGGUGCGAGGGGACGCACAAGGUGGUGAAGCCGCUCUGCCUGUCGCCGGUCAAGAUGAAGAACUGUGGCCAGAACAACAGCCAGCCGUACACCACAGAGGCUCCGACUCCGGACCCGAGGAACCCGGCGCCAAACGUGACGCUGACUCCGCUGCAGAAGGAGGAACUGGCCCGGCUCAAGAAGAAGCAGCUGGCCAACGCCGUCCAGUACAUCUGGGAGACGGGCGAGGACAAGUACAUGCUGCGCUACUUCCAUACAGGCUUCUGGCUCUCCUGUGAGAAACACAAUGAAGGGAAUGAUCAGGAGGAAAAGUGUCGCAGCUUCAUUGAGCUGACGCCAGGAGAAACUCAAGGCGUCCUGUGGCUGUCCGUCAUCAGUGAGUGCAUGUACAUCGGUCUUCUGGCCAUGGGCUUCCUGCUCAUGUGUGUGGAAUCCAUUUGCCUCUGCGCUAAGAGGGAGAUGAACGCGCUGAAGAUCAACGCCUUCGCCGCCAUGUGCACCGUCCUCUCCGGGAUGAUGGGGAUGGUGGCUCACAUGAUGUACACCACAGUGUUUCAGAUGACCGUCAGCAUCGGACCCAAAGACUGGAGGCCGCAGACCUGGGACUACGGAUGGUCCUUCGCCAUGGCGUGGCUGUCGUUCAGCUGCUGCAUGGCCGCCGCCGUGGCGACGCUCAACUCCUACACCAAGACCAUCAUCGAGAUGAAGCACCGGGCUCGGGUCAGGCUGGAGGACGCCCGCGCCGCCGCCCGCGCCCCUUCCUACGAGGAGGUCGUUCGAUCCGGCGGCGCCGGCGUUUACUCCGUCAGCCAGCUGAUCCAGCUCGGCCAGCAGGGGGCGAUCAUGGACCCGCUGUGGCCCAGAGGAGUGGGACCAGCUGUGGGACCUCUAGAGUGCGGCGCUGGGGGAGCGCUGCUGGUCGGCGGGGGAGGAAUCGGAGUCGGAGGAUUGGGGAUGGGAAUGGGAGGAGUGGGAGGAGUCGGAGGGAACGGCGUUGGGAUGGCGCUGGGGGCGGCGGGAGGAGUCGGUGGUGUGGCGGCACUGGUGGACCCUCACGGUGUGGUGGUGGUGGAGGGAUGUGGCGUCGAGGGAUGUGAAGACUGCGAGCGGGAAAUGGACGAGAUGGAUUAUGAGCUGCACGAAGAGUGCGCAUGCGAGAGAGAGGACUCACUCUGCUGAGAUUUCAGAAGACACUUGAACCUUUGUCUUUGUUUGUAUAUAAACGAUUCUAAAAAGAGCUUAAUCCAGUCUCUUAAUCAAGACUCUGCUCAGCUGCCACUGAUGUGUCGUCCAAUUCUGGACUUUACUGGGAGACAUGAAGACACGGUUUACUGAGAAAGGAGGGAUGUCGGUUUAUUAUAAACCCAGUUUUCUUACUUUAUUUAUAUUUGUUGUUUUAACCACCUUGAUUUUAAGUACAAGGAAGAAUCUGAGAUUACAGCGACAGAGAGAUUUGAACGUUUGGACAGAUGCUUUCAAAUACUGGACAGGGGAUUAUCGUCAAUAAUCUGCCCAGUCAGAGAGAGAGAGAACGAGGAGAUUAAUUAAAAACGUAAAUUACGAGGCUGAAUUAAACAACACUUUACAUAAGACACAAACUUGUAACUGAGAUGAUUUUCGUGCCGUAAUCUGUUUCCCCGAGAACAACCAGAUGAAGGAUUUUUUCAUUCAUUCAUUCAUUCAUUCAUUCAUUCACUGGUAAAACAAUAGUGUUUUUAUAAACGUUUCCACCUGUUUAAUCUGAUCUCUCACUGAAGUUAAAGGAUUCUCUCUUAGGUAAAUAAAUCAGUUGUAUAAUCUUAAAUCUUUGUCACUGCCCUUUAAAUAAAUCUGGUGAUAAUCUGUGUA